CCUAUCUGCAUCCAAGUGACCGAACACGGGCUGUGGCAUUUGCUUUACUCAAGUUGCACCUGUCAAUGGUAAAGCAGAGAAAGGGAAAGAAGCGCUCUGACGGUGCUUCUCUCCAAGGUCAGACGAAUACAAAUGCAAAGAAUUCAACAACUUUCAAAACAAAAAGUGAGAAAAAGUCAGCAUCUGAAGCAAUAGGAUGGCACCGAGUGGCACUGCUUGUUGUCAUCAUUCUACUGGCAGCCACUGUAGUCAUUUACAUCACCAAUCAAUCAAGAUUAUCUGAGGAUGACCACACCCCAAGUGAAUCGGUUUCAAUGCGAUAUACAGAGAUUGAGAUAGGAUCAAGCGCAUCCAGUGAUGAUCACGUUACGAGCGAAUCUUCCUCUGACAAGGGAAAGACACCCAAAGUUUCAUCAGAAGAGACGACGUCUAGACAAGAUGACGAUGAGUUGAAACGUAGACAAGAAGGUCAGGAUGUUGAUGAGAAGAAGACGACGAAAACAACCAAACAGAAAGGAAUGAAGAAAAGAGGAGCAAAGAAGGACAGCAAAGUCAAAAAGGGCAAAACGAAGACUCAAAGUCAGGAGGCAUCAGACCGUGUUUUACAAUCUCAUAUACCAGCAUCCGACCAGGAUUCUGGCAUCGCCGACGACAUUAUGAAUGCAGACAAACUGCUAGAGAAACGUCGCACGAGUGACGCAUUGAAGGCUUUUGAGCAGAUUGUGGGAAAGUUUCCGAGUAGCGUUCGUGCUCAUUAUGGGCUCGCAAUGUCACUCGAUCAACUAGCCGACGAACAACGAAGCAACCAGUUGUUGACGCAAUCAAUCAAGGAAUAUGAAAAAGUGUGGGAACUAUCGGACUUGGCAAAUCCAUCCGACAUUCUCAGACCAGCUGUAGACCGGCUUGCCAAUCGUUAUGCGUUUAUGGGGCAGUCUGGUAAGGCAGUGAUGUAUCUCAAACGAUAUUUGAACCAAUUCUCCGAUGAUCUUCCUCUCAUGAGGGAAUUAUCGAUUCAGUACCUUUUGACUGGUCAAAAUGGCAAGGCGAGGCAUGUUCUGGAGCAAAUUCUUAAGUUAAGGCCGAAUGAUGGAUUUGCAAUGGGACACUUGGGGUUUGUUGUGAAAUCAGAGCUGGACUAUGAAAAAGCGAUUCCGUUGUUGUAUGGAGGAUUAAGAGGUGAUGAUGACAGAAGUAGAGAGGGACGAUUCUAUUUUCAUCUUGGAGACGCUUUGCAGAGAUUAGGAAGACGUGAUGAAGCUUACGAAGUUUACCAAGAAGCUACAAACAAUGGUAUCUUCACUACACCCUGGCAGCGAUCACUCUACAAUGCACCCAACUUGAAAGCUCAGCCGUGGUGGAAACCAUCAGAGACUCCAUAUGUUGACAGCAUUCGUCUUCUCGAAGCAAAUUGGAAGACAAUUCGAGACGAAGGUCUGUCAGUCAUGAACCGAGAUACAAAUGCUUUUGAGUAUGAGGAUGAGAAUCUACGCGAAACAGGAGACUGGAAACAGUUCACUUUGUUCAUGCGUGGGAGCGAGAACAAAGACACGUGUAGUCGUGUGCCAAAAACGUGUGAUAUCAUUCGGAAAAUUCGACAAGCAGCGGGCAACAAGCGAGGACAGGUCAAGUAUUCUGUUAUGCUUCCGGGUACCCACGUGUGGCCACAUACGGGACCAACGAAUUGUCGACUGAGAAUGCAUCUGGGGCUGGUGAUUCCCGAGAACGUCAGGAUUCGUGUCGGCAACGACACUGGGACUUGGGAGGAGGGCAAGAUAAUCAUUAUUGAUGACUCGUUCGAACACGAAGUUUGGCACGAAGGCAGCUCGAUGCGUCUCAUCUUCAUUGUUGACUUCUGGCACCCCGAUCUGAGUGACCAGCAGAAACGCACUCUCUCUCCCAUCUAGACCAGUUCAGUACAUCUAAUAGAGGUGAUGCUGUCAUAUCGAUUCCUAAUCUCAUGCAAUGUUCAGGUCAUUUUCAAGAUAAAUUAACAAUAAAGUUGUACAAAAAUC